GCCCCCCUGUUAAGUAGCAGAUUGUGUGGAGAGUCUUCCCACUUGGUAAUAGGCUCGCGGACGCGUCUGGGAACACACAAACCCGCGGAGCGCUCAGACUCAGACCAGGACCAGGACCACCUCACUCUGCUUUGUCUCAGGUUGGGGGUCUGCAACAGAGACUUAAACUUUUUUUUUUUUUUUUUUUAUUUUUCAUUUCUUGAGCCGAGUCACAGAAACCCGAAGUCUCCUCUGUAGCUUCAUUCAUGCGCUGCUGAGGCUAAAAGGAGCUGAAGAUGAAGAGCAGGCUGUCUCUGGCGGCGGCUGCUGCCCUCCUGGCACUGCUGCUGUCCUCCACUCAGGCCCAGAAUCCAGUCAACCCUCCGUCAGAUUUGAGGUUUAAGAUUUUAAAUGAGAACACAGUACAGAUGAUGUGGAGCAGACCACAGUCGAGGAUACAGGGCUACAGAAUACAAGUGACCUCAGACACAGAAGAACCAACGAAAGAAUUCUCCCUGCCUGCAUCUGCGACUAAAACCUCCAUCUCAGACCUGAGUCCAGAUGUGGAUUAUGUCGUAACAAUAUCCGCGUACGCCGGAUCAGAGGAGAGUCUGCCCAUCACCGGCACCAUCACACUUCAGUCAAGCGGCAGCUCAAGUGGAACCUCCAGGAAACCAGACGCUUCAGAUUCAGUCAAAUGCUCUUACAGCGCCAUCGCUGACGUUGCGUUCUUGGUGGACGGCUCGUGGAGCGUGGGCAGGCCGAACUUCAAAUACAUCCAAAAAUUCAUCUCUGCGACGGCCGGCGCCUUUCAGGUCGGAGAGGACAAAACCCGGGUGGCCGUGGUCCAGUACAGCAACGACGCCAAAGCAGAGUUCAACCUGAACACGCACAUGACCCGACCGGCGCUGCUCCGGGCCAUCGGCUCGCUGGCGUACAAAGGAGGAGACACCAUGACGGGUGAUGCUCUCAACUUCGUCCUGCAAAACACUUUCACCGAGGCGGCCGGCUCCAGGAGCAGUUUCCCCAAAGUGCUGGUAAUCAUCACAGAUGGCAAAUCUGAGGAUUCAGUGGAGAGCUACGCCAGGCAGCUCAGGGACAGGGGGGUGGAGAUCUUUGUCCUGGGUAUCCAACAGGCCGACGAGGCGGAGAUGAAGCUCAUGGCCUCCACUCCUUACAGAACUCACAUCUACAACGUCGCCACCUUUGACGCGAUCAAGAACGUGCAGAAAGAGUUCAUCGCUCAGGUGUGCGCUGGCGUGGACGAUCAGCUCAACUCACUCAUCAGCGGAGAGGAAGUUGUUGAGCCAGCCUCCAACCUCCAAGUCCUGGAGGUGGCCUCAAAGUCCAUACGGGUGAACUGGGAUGCCUCUAUCGGAGAAGUUACAGGAUACAAGUUGCAGAUGAUCCCCAUGAUGGCCGGCAGCAAAAGGCAGGAGCUGUACCUGGGCCCGGGCCAGACCUCGGUGGUGGUCAGAGACCUUUCUCCAGACACAGAGUACCAGAUCAGUCUUUUCGCCCUGAAGGGCCUGACGCCCAGCGAGCCUGUGAUGGUCAUGCAGAAGACGCAGCCAGUUACAGUUUCACUGGAAUGUUCUCUUGGCGUUGAUGUUCAAGCUGAUGUCGUCCUCCUGGUUGAUGGUUCCUACAGCAUCGGUCUGGCUAACUUUGCUAAAGUAAGAGCCUUCCUGGAGGUGCUGGUGAACUCCUUUGACAUCGGACCAAACAAGGUCCAGAUCAGCUUGGUCCAGUACAGCAGAGACCCUCACACCGAGUUCUACCUGAACACUCACCAUGACCUGAACGCUGUGGUCAAGGCUGUGAGGACUUUCCCAUACCGUGGCGGUUCCACCAACACCGGCAGGGCCAUGACUUACGUGAGAGAGAAGAUCUUCCAGGCUAACAGAGGAGCGCGUGCCCACGUUCCUCGUGUCAACAUCCUGAUCACUGACGGGAAGUCGUCCGACGCCUUCCAGGACCCGGCCACCAAGCUGAGGAAUUCUGAUGUGGAGAUCUUCGCGGUGGGUGUUAAGGAUGCUGUACGAAGUGAGCUGGAGGCCAUCGCCAACACGCCUGCAGAGACCCACGUGUAUACCGUAGAGGACUUCGAUGCCUUCCAGAGAAUUUCCAAAGAGCUCACGCAGUCCAUCUGCCUGAGGAUCGAGCAAGAACUUCGAAAAAUCCACCAGAGACGACUGACCCAACCGAGAGACCUCCACUUCUCAGAGGUUGGCUCACGAGGCUUCAGGGCCACCUGGGAGAACAGCGCCACUGAUGUCGAGUCCUAUUUUGUCCAGUUCAAGCCUGCAGAUGAUACCGAUGGUCACUACGUGUCCAUGGCUUUGCCCGGAGAGACACUCACCACCUACAUCCCCCACCUCAACCCACUCACCCGCUAUCAAGUCAACGUUAUUGCUCAGUAUGAAAAAGGGGACAGCUUGCCUGUGACCGGCUACGAGACAACUUUAGAAGAACAAGGACCCGUACAGAACGUAAGAGUAUCCGAGGAAACCACAGACAGUUUCAGAGUAUCGUGGCAGCCAGCUCCAGGCGCCGUCACUCGCUACCGGUUGACCUACGAACCAGUCGGGGAUGAGAGCUCCAGGCUGGAGACGACAACAGCCGGGCCCGAGACGACGACGGUUCUGCAGAAACUUCAACCUAAAACCAAAUACCGCGUCACCGUCAGUCCUGAAUACCCGUCUGGCCCUGGAGUGCCGGUGCAAACCUUGGGCACCACCAAAGAAGCCAAGGGUUCCCCUCGUGACCUGAGGGUUUUCGACGAGACCAUGUCCACCAUGAGGGUCUCCUGGGAGCCAGCACCAGGGAACGUGCUCCAGUACCGCUUGGCUUUCAGACCCUCCGCCGGCGGCCCAAAAAAGGAAAUAUCGGUGAAGGGUGACAACACGGCCGCCCUCCUGAAGAACCUGCAGCCGGGCACGCAGUACGACAUCUUCGUCACCGCUCGAUACUCGUCCGGCCUCGGUGACCCCCUGCAGGGACAAGGCACCACGCUGGAAGAGGUUGGCCCUCCUAAAAAUCUCGUCACCAGCGAUGUGACUGACACCAGCUUUGCUGCGUCCUGGACGGCGGCGCCUGGGAACGUGAAGGCGUACCAGGUUCAGUGGCAGUCGCCGUUCUCAGACGAGUUCGGAGAAAAAACGGUGCCAGGAGACUCGACUAGCACGGUGCUGGAUGGCCUGACCCCAGAGACGCUCUACAAAGUUUCCGUGGUCGCUGCCUAUGAUCGCAAAAACAGCGACCCGCUCACCGGACAGGAAACCACUGACGCCAAUGAUGCCGCUAAAAUAUUGAUCGUGUCGGACGAGACCGAGCAUACCAUGAAAGUCACAUGGACGCCGGCGCCGGGCAAGGUGACCCACUACCGGCUGAAGUAUGUUCCCGCAGACGGAGGAAAAGAAGUGGUCCUCAGGAUCCCGGGCACGGCCACUUCCACAAUCAUGAAGCGCCUGCAGCCCAAAACCACUUACAACCUCACCGUUCACCCCAUCUACAGGCACGGGGAAGGAAAAGCAAGGCAAGGAGUAGGAACGACACUGUCGCCUUACAAGGCUCCGAGAAACCUCCAGACCUCGGAGCCCACCAAGAACAGUUUCAGAGUCACUUGGGAUCCAGCGCCCGGAAAUGUUAAGGGAUACAAAGUGACUUUUCAUCCCACUGGGAAUGAUGUUGAUCUUGGGGAACUAUUGGUUGGUCCCUAUGACAGCACAGUCGUUCUAGAGGAACUCAGGGCAGGAACAAAGUACUCAGUUGCCGUGUUUGGGAUGUUUGAAGGCGGGGAGAGUCUUCCCCUGGCAGGAGAGGAGAAGACGACUCUCAUCGAAGGUCCAGAUCCGCCUCCUCUCGACUCUUCUGACACUCAGUGUAAGACCGCGGCGAAGGCCGACAUCGUGCUGCUGGUCGACGGCUCCUGGAGUAUUGGCCGCAUCAACUUCAAAACCAUCCGCAACUUCAUCGCUCGCAUGGUCAGCGUGUUCGACAUCGGCGUUGAAAGAGUCCAGAUCGGUCUGGCUCAGUACAGUGGAGACCCGAAGACCGAGUGGCACCUGAACGCCCACCCGAACAAGGCGUCCCUGCUGGACGCCAUCGCCAACCUGCCGUACAAAGGCGGCAACACUAUGACAGGAAUGGCUCUGAACUACAUCCUCCAGAACAACUUCAAGGAGAACGUAGGGCUGCGUCCAGACGCCCGCAAAAUUGGCGUCCUGAUCACUGAUGGAAAGUCGCAGGACGAGAUUGUCUUCAGCUCGGAGAGCCUGAGAAACAGCGGCAUCGAGCUCUAUGCAAUCGGUGUGAAAAACGCAGACGAGAACGAGCUGAGGUCCAUCGCCUCCGACCCUGACGAAAUUCACAUGUACAAUGUCAACGACUUUCAGUUCCUGCUGGAUAUCGUUGACGACCUCAGCACCAACCUGUGUAACAGCGUCAAAGGUCCAGGACUUGAUCUGGAUUCACCCACCGACCUGGUGACCUCGGAGGUGACCCACCACUCCUUCCGUGCCAGCUGGACGGCACCGGGCAGCCCUGUUGACAAGUACCGCGUCACCUACAUGACCGUGGCCGGAGGACCGACCCAGGAGAUGAUGGUUGACGGGUCGGUGACCACCGCUGUCCUGCCAGGCCUGACUCCGCUGACCGAGUACCUCGUCAAUGUUUACUCUGUGGUCGGCGAGCAGAGCAGCGAACCUCUCAAGGGAACCGAGACCACCUUGCCCCUGUCAGCAGCUACGAACAUGAAGGUUUAUGACGAGACCUCCACCACCAUGAGGGUGAAAUGGGAAGAGGCAGCUGGUGCCACAGGUUACAUGCUUCUGUACCAACCCACCAACAGCACUGAGCCCCGGCUGCCAAAGGAGGUUCGUGUUGGAGGAGGUACAACUAACACCGAGCUGGUGGAGCUGAUACCCAACACUGAGUACGCCAUCACACUUUAUGCCCUGCAUGGAGAAGCUGCCAGCGACCCUCUGGAGGGGAAAGGAGUCACCUUGCCCAUACCUCCUGCUGGAGUCCUGACAAUCAGUCAUGUUACUCACAGCACCAUGAAGCUCACGUGGGAGGCUGCUCCUGGAGCAGUCCGCAAGUACUUGAUCACCUACAAACCGGAGGACGGAGAGCUGAAGGAGGUUGAAGUCAGCGGUGAUAUCACCACCUUGGACCUGAGCAGCCUCAUCUCCCAGACCGAGUACGACGUGGCCGUCACCCCGAUGUACGAUGAGGGACCUGGAACGCCGAUGCUCGGAACCGCUAUCACAGAUGUCGUUCCUGCCCCCAAGAACCUGAGGUUCUCUGAGGUGACCCAGUCCUCGUUCAGAGCCACGUGGGAACACGGAGCCCCGGACGUGGCCCUCUACCGCAUUGGCUGGACCAAGAGGGGCGAGAGCAACUUUCAGUUUGCCAUCCUGAAUAGCGAUGAGACCUCCCACGUUCUGGAGAACUUGGACCCCGACACCGAAUACUCUGUAACCGUCACAGCCAUCUACCCCGACGAGUCGGAGAGCGAGGACCUGUUCGGAAACGAGCGCACAUUGUUAAAGGCUCCGGACGUGCCUCCCGAGCCUCCUCGAAACUUGAGGGUUUUCAACGCCACCAUCUCCUCGCUGUCAGUGAAGUGGGACGCCGCCCCCGGGCCCGUCCAGAACUACAAGAUCACUUACAAGCCUGUUGCCGGAGGCGAGCCUCUCUCAACACAGGUUGGAGGGAAGAAGACCAGCAUCAUCCUGCAGAAGUUGGACCCUGACACUCUGUACUCCGUCAACGUGGCCGCCGUGUAUCCCACUGGCGUCAGCAAAGACAUCGCUGGAGAAGGACAAACCAAGCCUCUGGGUGGAGUAAGGAACCUUCAGGUGUUGAACCCAACUAUGACCACCCUGAACGUACGCUGGGAGCCCGCCGAGGGCCGGGUGAAGGAGUACAAAGUCAUAUACACUCCUGCAGCCGGUGGACCUGAGAGCAUGGAAACAGUAUCCGCAGGCACAACCAACACCGUGCUGCAAGACCUGCAGCCCGACACCCUCUACACUGUUUCUCUGGUGCCGGUUUACGCUGCCGGAGACGGAAAGACAAUGUCUGAAAAUGAAAAGACAAGACCACUGGGAGCAGUAAAGAGCCUGGUGGUGACGGACCCAACCAUGACCACCCUGAACGUACGCUGGGAGCCCGCUGAGGGCCUGGUGAAAGAGUACAAAGUCAUUUACACUCCUGCAGCCGGUGGAGCUGAGAGCACGGAAACAGUAUCCGCAGGCACAACCAACACCGUGCUGCGAGGCCUGCAGCCCGACACCCUCUACACUGUUUCUCUGGUGCCGGUUUACCCUGCUGGAGACGGAAAGACAAUGUCUGAAAAUGGAAAGACAAGACCACUGGGAGGAGUGAAGAACCUGGCGGUGACGGACCCGACCAUGACCACCCUGAACGUACGCUGGGAGCCCGCUGAGGGCCGGGUGAAGGAGUACAAAGUCAUUUACACUCCUGCAGCCGGUGGACCUGCGAGCACGGAAACAGUAUCCGCAGGCACAACCAACACCGUGCUGCGAGGCCUGCAGCCCGACACGGUCUACACUGUUUCUCUGGUGCCGGUUUACCCUAUCGGAGACGGAAAGACAAUGUCUGAAAAUGGAAAGACAAGACCACUGGGAGGAGCGAAGAGCCUGCUGGUGACGGACCCAACCAUGACCACCCUGAACGUACGCUGGGAGCCCGCUGAGGGCCUGGUGAAGGAGUACAAAGUCAUUUACACUCCCGCAGCCGGUGGACCUGCGAGCACGGAAACAAUACCUGCAGGCACAACCAACACCGUGCUGCGAGGCCUGAAGCCUGACACCCUCUACACUGUUUCUCUGGUGCCGGUUUACCCUGCCGGAGACGGAAAGGCAUUGUCUGAAAAGGGAAAGACAAGACCACUGGGAGCAGUGAAGAACCUGAUGGUCACGAACCCGACCAUGACCACCCUGAACGUAAACUGGGAGCCCGCUGAGGGCCGGGUGAAGGAGUACAAAAUCAUUUACACUCCAGCAGUCGGUGGAGCUGAGAGCAUGGUAGGACUGGAAACAGUAUCCGCAGGCACAACCAACACCGUGCUGCGAGGCCUGCAGCCUGACACCCUCUACACUGUUUCUCUGGUGCCGGUUUACGCUGCCGGAGACGGAAAGACAAUGUCUGAAAAGGGAAAGACAAGACCACUGGGAGCAGUGAAGAACCUGGCGGUGACGGACCCGACCAUGACCUCUCUGAAAGUGAACUGGGACCCGGCUGACGGAGCUGUUCGCCUGUACAAGGUCUUCUAUAUUCCCGCUACUGGUGGCCUCGAGGAGAUGGAACAAGUUCCUGCCGGCACCACCAACAUCAUCCUGAGGAACUUGCAGCCCGACACGCCGUACACGGUGUCUGUGGUGCCGGUCUACCCUGUCAGGGAGGGAAAGCGCCAGUCAGAGAACGGAAAGACAUUGCCUUUGAGCGGAGUGGGCAACAUGAGGGUGACCAACCCGACCAUCACCACUCUCACCGUGUCCUGGAAUCCUGCUGACGGCAACGUUCAGGGCUACAAAGUGAUCUACGUUCCUGUCGAUGGAGGACUGGAGAUUGUGGAGCAAGUGUCAGAGAGUACCACCAAAACCAUCCUGGACAAGCUUCUACCGGAUACUCGUUACACCAUCACCGUGGUCCCGGUCUACGCUGAGGGAGACGGGCCGAGCCUGUCUGAUGUCGGGAAGACAAAGCCGCUGGGUUUCGUGAGGAACCUCCAGGUUACGGAUCCCACCACCAGCACCCUGAACGUCCGCUGGGAGCCCGCUGAGGGAAACGUUCGCGAAUACAUCGUGAUCUGGGUGCCUGUCGCUGGAGGAGAGCAGGAUGUGGACCAGGUGUCUGGAACCACCACCUCCACCGUCCUGAAGAACCUGGAGCCGAACACCGAGUACACCGUCACCGUCGUGCCUGUCUACCAUGAGAUGGAGGGCAAAUCUCAGUCCGAGAACGGGAAAACGAAUCCUUUGGGUGGAGUGAAGAACUUGCAGGUGAUUGACCCGACCAUCAGCUCUCUGACGGCCCGUUGGGAACCAGCCGUGGGCAACGUCCGCAGCUACAAGGUCUUCUACACGGCUGAACCCGGAGGAGAAGAACGAAUGGAGGAAGUGUCAGCAGGAACCACCACCACUACCCUGAGGAACUUGGAUCCCAAUACUGUCUACAAUGUGGUCGUUGUUCCCGUCUACCCAGAUGUGGAGGGCAUACGGGAGGCAGAGAAGGGAAAGACAAAGCCUCUGGGUGGAGUGAAGAACCUGCAGGUGAUCGACCCCACAACCAACUCCCUCAGGGUCCGCUGGGAGCCGGCCGAGGGCGACGUCAGGCAGUACCAGAUCAUCUACGUCCCCGCCGCCGGAGGAACCGAGACCAUGACUACAGUAUCCGGCAUGUCGACCAACACGGUGCUGAGAGAGCUGCGGCCCGACACCGAGUACAAAGUGACGCUGGUGCCUAUUUACCCGGACGCCGAGGGGAAACGUAUGUCGGAGAACGGGAAGACAAAGGCUCUGGGCGGAGUGAAGAACCUGCAGGUCACUGAUCCCACCACCAGCUCCCUCAAGGUGCGCUGGGAGCCGGCGGAGGGCAACGUCCGCCAGUAUCGCCUCUUCUACGUUCCCGCAUCCGGAGGCGCGGAAGACAUGGAGCAGGUGUCAGGCGGCACCACCAACACCGUACUGAGGAACCUGCUGUCCGACACUCCCUACACCGUGACGGUGGUUCCAGUUUACCCAGAAGGAGAAGGUCUGCGCCAGACUGAGAAGGGAAAGACACUGCCACGCACGCCACCCAGGAACAUCCAGGUGUACAACCCCACCCCUAACAGCCUGAACGUGCGCUGGGAGCCCGCCUCGGGCCAGGUUCAGCAGUACCGCGUGGCUUACAGCUCCCUGUCUGGAAAAAAACACUCCGAGUCGGUCCUGGUUCCAGGGAAUACGAACAAUGCCUUCCUGGACAACCUGAUCCCGGACACUCCCUAUUCAGUCACCGUCUCGGCUCUGUACGCCGACGGAGAGGGAACGCCGGUGGCAGACAACGGCAGAACACUGCCACGUACCGGUCCCAGGAACAUGCGUGUGUUCGAUGCCACCACCAGCACCCUGACCAUCGGCUGGGACCACGCUGAAGGUCCCGUGAGGCAGUACAGGAUCGCCUACGCUCCCAUGACCGGAGACCCCAUCACUGAGUUUACCGUCGUUCCCGGGAACAGAAACAACGCCAUGCUGCAAAAUCUGAUCCCCGACACCCCGUACAACAUCACCGUGGAGGCCAUCUACGACGACGGACCAGGAGGGAACCUGAACGGGAAUGGACGCACAGUCGGCCUGUUGAGUCCGAGGAACCUCCGUGUCUCAGACGAGUGGUACACCAGGUUCAGAGUGGCCUGGGACGCGGUGCCGGCUCCCGUCCAGGGAUACAGACUCAUCUACUCCCCUGCAGGCUCCACCACGGCACAGCCCGUUGACAUCUUUGUGGGUGACGUGACCUCGUACACUCUGCACAACCUGCAGCCCGGAACCACCUACGACCUCAAAGUGUUGGCUCAGUACACCGGAGGCCCGAGCGCCCCGCUGCCCGGACAGGGAACAACACUCUACCUGAACGUGACCAACAUCGAGACUUACAACGUCGACCACGACAAGUUCUGCAUCAAAUGGUCUCCUCACAGGGCGGCCACGUCGUACCGCAUCAAACUGCACCCCGUGGACCCCUCCAGUAAAGGUCAACAUGAGAUCACCAUCCCCGCCGGUGUACCUCAGUACUGCUUCACCGGACUUUCUCCUGAUGCGCUGUACACCGCCACCGUCUUUGUGCAGACCCCGAAUCUGGAAGGUCCAGGAGUCAGCACCAAUGAGACGACAUUGGUGAAGCCAACUCCUGUUCCAACGCUCCCACCGACCCCGACGCCUCCACCCACCAUCCCCCCGGCAUGGGCAGUUUGCAAAGGUGCCAAAGCAGAUGUGGUGUUCCUCAUCGACGGAUCCUGGAGCAUCGGCGAAGAGAGCUUCACCAAAGUCGUGCACUUUGUCUCCGGCAUGAUCGGCGCCUUCGAUAUCGUGGGACCGUCGGGGAUGCAGGUGUCAUUCGUGCAGUACAGCGAUGACGCAAAGACAGAGUUCAGGCUGAACGCUUAUCAGGACAAAGGCAUCGCCAUGUCUGCGCUUCAUCUCAUCCGCUACAGAGGAGGAAACACCAAGACAGGAGUGGCUCUGAAACACACGUACGAGAAGGCCUUUUCUAUCGAGAAUGGAAUGAGGAGAAACGUCCCCAAGGUGGUCGUCGCAAUCACUGACGGACGCUCUCAGGACGAGGUGAAGAAGAGCGCCGCCAAGCUGCAGCAUGCAGGUUACAGCGUCUUCUCCAUCGGUGUCGCCGACGUGGAUUUCGUCGAGUUGCAGGAGAUCGGCAGCAAACCCAGCGAGAGGCACGUCUUCGUUGUGGACGACUUUGACGCUUUCGACACCAUCAAAGAAAACUUGAUUACCUUCAUCUGUGAAACCGCCACGUCAACGUGUCCCCUGAUCUUCCUGAAUGGAUUCACUUCACCUGGCUUCAGGAUGCUCGAGGCGUUCAACCUGACAGAGAAGACCUACAGUUACGUUAAAGGCGUCUCCAUGGAGACGGGCUCCUUCAACAGCUACACCGCAUACAGACUGCACAAGAACGCCUACCUGACCCAGCCCACGACAGAGAUCCACCCUGAUGGCCUUCCCCACGCCUACACCAUCAUCAUGAUGUUCCGCCUCCUGCCCGACUCGCCCACCAACGCCUUCGACAUCUGGCAGGUGUCAACCAAAGACCACAAGCCGGAGACCGGCGUCACUCUCGACCCCGCCAGCCAAUCUCUGUCCUUCUACAACAAAGACGAGCGCGGUGAGAUCCAGAGAGUCAAGUUCGACACAGAUCAAGUGAAGAAGAUCUUCCACGGAAGCUUCCACAAGCUCCAUAUCCUGGUUUCAUCCACCAGCGUCAAACUGAACAUCGACUGCCAAGAAGUGGCUGAGAAGGAGAUCAAGGCCGCUGGAAACACAUCCAGCGACGGCUACCAGGUCCUGGGCAAGAUGUCCAAGUCCAUCGGCUCCAAAGGAGAAUCAGCAACUUUCCAGCUCCAGAUGUUUGACAUUGUCUGCAGCUUAGGCUGGACCAGCAGGGACAGAUGUUGUGACCUCCCGUCUAUGAGAGACGAGCUGAAGUGUCCGUCUCUUCCCAACUCCUGCACCUGUACCUCAGCGGGCACCGGGCCACCAGGGACUCAGGGACCAGUGGGUGCCCCCGGCAGCAAAGGACCCCGAGGUGAAAGAGGAGAACUCGGUCCUGCUGGACCGGUCGGCCCACGUGGAGAUAACGGACCACCGGGGCCCAUGGGUCUGCCCGGCCCUCAAGGACCCAGCGGGAUGUCGAUUCCAGGAGAGGCUGGCCGCCCUGGACCGAAGGGAGACCCUGGUGACUCCGGUUUACCUGGACAGAAAGGUUCACCUGGUCCUCCUGGUCCUGCUGGCCCGAUCGGAUCAGCUGGCGUGAGGGGCCCUCCAGGAAAGGAAGGACAGUCUGGACCCAGAGGCCCCGCGGGCCCCAUGGGGCCUCCAGGAUCUCCUGGAGUACCAGGUGCUGCAGGAAAACCAGGAAACCCCGGAGACUCCGGUUCUCCUGGUUCCGUCGGUCCAAAGGGAGACAAAGGAGAGAGAGGCGACUUUGCUCCUCAGAACAUGAUGCGAUCCAUUGCCAGACAAGUUUGCGAGCAGCUAGUAAGCGCACAAAUGACUCGUGUCAACACGUUACUGAACCAGAUCCCCAACGGCAUGCAACGUGCCAUCCCCGGCCCUCCAGGGCCGCCUGGAACCAGUGGCAGGCAGGGACCCCGCGGAGAGCCCGGCGCAGCGGGAAGGAACGGUUUCCCAGGAAGUCCAGGUUUACCCGGCCAGCAGGGAGAGAGAGGUCCCGCAGGAGAGAAAGGUGAACGAGGAGUGUCAGGAGUCGGACAGAAAGGACCGAGAGGACCUGCUGGUCCUCCAGGAGAAAGCAGGACAGGAGCUACAGGCCCUCCAGGCUCUGCCGGAGCUCGCGGUCCCCCCGGACGUCCAGGAUACGCCGGAGUCCGUGGACCUCCCGGACCUCCUGGAUACUGUGACUCUUCUCAGUGUGUCGGUAUUCCUUACAACGGGCAAGGAUACGUAGGUUCACCAUAGUAGACUUUCUAUGCCGCCUGUGCUGCUUUCACUGACUUCCUGAAAAAAACAAAACUCAAAGUCCUGUAACUGAAACACUUGCUCACACGCUCUAGAGCUGUUUAAAGGAUAACCGCCAAAAGGAAACCCAUUAACAAAAACAACAACAAAGAGGGAAACCAGUACUAACAUCGACUCACAGCCAGUAGAACAAACCCCACCAGCAGCAGCGGUGAUGGCACCGACCUGUUGUAGUGGCCUGUUUUGCAUCUUGAAGCCAAAGACCAAACAAAGAAACGUUGUUCAGGAGGAGCAUGCGCCCAACAACAACAACAACAAACAACCCAAUCAAAUACUAACAAAGGUGGAUUUGUAACAGAGCAACGGCUACCACAGCAUCACCGGCAACAACAGCAGCAGCAACUCUGUUAACAGCAUUUCUCUCCAGGUGACAUGUAAAUAAACUAAUUUGUGCCUUGUAAAUGAUGUUUGAACCAAGUCCACUAAAUUUAGUCUUUAACAUCUGUAGUUUUAAAGCUUGUGCCUUGCAAACAACAACCUGCUGCUUGCUGAAUGCCAACAAAAACGCCUCUUUUUUUUAUGAUUUUAUUUUCCUGCCCAUGUGUUUGUAGCUGUUUGAAACUGCUCAGGGCCUCAGACUGAAUCACUCCUGCACAUGUGACCCCGGAGGUUUAGAUUUGCCACCUGGUUUUUGUUUUUUACUCUUCUCCCUGUUACCUGAAUGUUUAGAGAAUGCUAACAAUGCUAUCCUGAAGACGUUUCUCCAGCUGGAGGCAGAAGAUUUUAGUGUUUUUGUGGUUUUUAUUUUGGAAAUGAAUGACCUGUAGAGAAACUGACAUGGACUAACAUCUGAGCGUCUAACACAACGGGAAGAGCACUGACGUGUUGAGCAGGGGUGUGUUCGAGGGAGCCUUGGGUGACCCCCAUCCCACUAAACCUGACUAAAGUUGAUUAGUUGGUAUUUAGAUUUCUCUUGUAGCAGCAAUAACUCAAAAAGUAUCCUGAUAUAUUACAGAAUCAUAUGCUCAUACUGUAUGUACUGCACUGUAUAACAUGCGGCCUGUUGCACCAAUAUCUGACGAGUUAGUGCCACAAUCAAGGUCACGUUGUAGAGAGUGAUAGGAAAGAAAGACGAG